CCUACAUAUCCCGAGAGCCACAUCGGCUUUCGUCACUGUAUUGUUGCGGAAGUGCAUGGGGAUACUUAGCUGUUUACCUGAUUUUGGUGUGCUAACUGCUACAUUUACUGUUCACAGCUGUUAAAAAACAUUUUUUUUGUCUGUAGCUCGUGCUAAAACAAGUGAAGCAAUGGCUGCUCUGAAAUACGCCGGCAUGGACGAUACAGACAGCGAGGACGAGUUACCGCCUGGAUGGGAAGAGAGGUCUACUAAAGACGGAUGGAUUUACUAUGCCAACCAUGAUGAGAUGAAGACGCAGUGGGAACACCCCAAGACUGGAAAGAAAAGGCGCUGUGCUGGAGAUCUACCUUAUGGAUGGGAGCAAGAGAUUGAUGAAAAAGGGCAGAUCAUAUAUGUUGAUCACAUCAACAAGAGGACCACAUAUUUUGAUCCACGCCAGGCCUUUACAGUAGAGGAUGUGACCGUAAAGCCAAAACGGUAUGACGGUAACACCACUGCCCUCGAGAUCCUUCAAGGUCACAACCUCUCAGACAAGGUCAUCAUUGUUACUGGGGCCAACGCUGGUAUUGGUUUUGAAACAGCGAGAUCUUUUGCUCUUCACGGUGCUCAUGUGAUCCUUGCAUCCCGAAAUCUGUCCCGGGUCAGUAAGGCUGUGAGCCUCAUCCAACAGGAAUGGCACAAAGCAAGAGUGGAAGCUAUGGUGUGUGACCUGGCCUCCCUCAGAAGUGUCAGGGAGUUUGCUGAAUCCUUCAAGGCCAAGAAACUGCCCCUACACAUUCUGGUGUGUAACGCAGCAGUGUGCACAAUACCCUGGUGCCUGACAGAGGACAGCCUGGAGUCCACUUUCCAGAUCUGCCACCUCGGUCACUUUCUUCUUGUGCAAUGCCUUGAAGAUGUGCUGCGGCGUUCAGCCCCUUCUCGUGUGGUUGUUGUGUCCUCAGAGUCUCACAGGUUUACUGACCUCUUGGACUUGUAUGGAAAGGUGGACCUGGCCUUGCUGUCACCGCCAAAGAGGGAAUACUGGUCCAUGCUAGCCUACAAUCGGGCCAAACUUUGCAACAUUCUCUUCAGCAAUGAGCUCCACCGACGCCUUUCCCCCUACGGUGUCACCUCCAAUGCAGUGCAUCCAGGAAACAUGAUGUACACCUCAAUACAUCGGAACUGGUGGCUGAUGUCCUUCCUCUUCAUGCUGGUCAGACCCUUCACCAAGUCCAUGGUAAGAAAAACAUGUUGAUAAUGGCCCAGUCCUGCUUGUUAAGUCUGCAAAGGUUUUUAAAACACACUGUAGUUUGACGGUUACAAUUAUUUAUUAGCUUCUCCUCAUCAUUUAUCAAUUUAGUGUUAGCACUGAAGGGAAAAUGUGAUGUGUUGAUAGGGAGCGUGGUCGAGUUUUAGUGAAGCGAUGUUCUGAUCCAUCAUGUUUGACAGACACAAAGCCUCAGGCUGUCAUUUGUCGUUUUCUCUGACAUAGGAUGAGGGAUGAGAGAAACUGCUCUUCAGCAUCUCUUAUAAAAUGCUAAGAUCAAGAAUUCUUAAAUCUGAUCAUUUUUUUCUUUCAGAUGUCAUCUUUAUUAUUAUAUUACCAUUGCAAGAAUUAAUCUACCCUUUUCAUUCCCACCCUACUUUAGUGUAAUUUAACCAGGACUUUAGGCUUUUGAACUGGGAAGAGCACUCUUAAACAAAGUUUGUGGUUUGCGUAAACAUACAAAAUUAGCAGCGGCAAGUUUUUCCGCUCUGGUACGGGGCAGAGGCAUUUCUGUUCCUGGUUAAUUAAAUGUAGCAUAAAUGUUAGUAAACAUUAAAGUACAAAGGUAGAGCUAGUAAUUAAAUUCUGGUGUGCUGACACAGCUAUUAGCUAAAAUUCAUGUCUGAUAAAGGGCCACACACAGACACACACACACACACACACAGAUACACAGACACACCCUUAAGCUAAAGCAUUUGCUCUUAUUUAAAUCUGGGUAUGAUAAGGCCCUUAAAAGUGUAUCCUCUUUAAAAUCCCACUCCUCACUCCUUCUGCCCCCACAUUAAGGGCUUAAUAAAACAGUGAUAUUAUUUCAGUUAUUGGUUGCAGGGAUAUGAAGAUGGUAUCGCUUUAAUUGCUUGCGUAUGCUUGCGGGAUCCGUGGAGAUUGUUCUGGGAUGCAAACAUAAGCAGAAUGUCGACUCCAAAAAACAAUCACAUAGCUCCCGUGUGUGUUAUUGAGCAAAUAACCAUCCUCUCAUUUAAAGCACAGGCUUGAUUUAUAGGAGCACAGGUGGAGUGAUAUAGACUUGGCCUACAUAAGUAAAUACACUCACAUGAAUACAUAACGGAGCGAGUGCUGUAACAAUGUCAACCAUUCCGGACUCCUUAAUCAGGAAAUCCUAUUUUGUGUUAGCUGGAGGGAAAUA